AGGGGAAGCACGGGCUCCGUCUGCGGGUCGCGGACUGACGGGGUACCGGUGCACAAGCCGAAUCACACAAUCAGCUUCGGGAUCACGCAGGGGGAGAGCGACCCGACACGGCUCUGCUUCCCGGUGGAUAAGACACCGGGUCCAGCCACAGCAUGUCCCCCAUCCUGUCACUGCUUCUCCUGCUGGUAUCAGCUCCUUCCUCCGAGCCGUUACCGGAGAAGCCCAGGAGGUCCACCCUGAAUCAGCUCACCAGAACACUCCUGCGUAACUACGACUCCGGAGUCAGACCCGUGCAGAACUGGACCAACCCCACCAUCGUCUACAUUGACUUCAUCGUCCAGUCUGUGCUGGAUGUGGAUGGACAGACACAGAAAGUAACUACCAGCAUUUGGUAUCGCCAGAUAUGGAAGGACGAGUUUCUGGUGUGGGACCCUGCAGAUUUUGACGGAAUCAAUGAAAUCUCCCUUUCUUUGGAUGCAAUAUGGGUGCCCGACAUUAUCAUCAGCGAAUUUGUGGACGUGGGCCGCUCACCGUUGCUGCCCUACGUUUACGUCAACUCCUCUGGGAUGGUGAAGAACUACAAGCCCAUCCAGGUGGUUUCCGCCUGUUACUUGGAGAUCUACGCCUUUCCGUUUGACAGGCAGAACUGCACGCUGACCUUCCGCAGUUGGCUCCACACAGUGAACGAGGUGGACCUAGUUCUGUGGAGGAGCAUGGAGGAGAUAGCCAGCGACACCAGGGAGUUCAUGAACAACGGCGAGUGGGAGCUGCUGUCGGUGCCCUCGCGGUAUUGGCGACUCCACAUGGAGGACCGGGACUACGCCCAGAUCCAGUUCAAUGUGGUCAUCCGAAGACGGCCUCUGCUCUACGUGGUCAGCUUACUGAUCCCCAGCAUCUUCCUCAUGAUCGUAGACGUGAUCAGCUUUUACCUGCCGCCCAACAGCGGCACCCGGAUCAGUUUCAAGACCAGCAUCCUCCUGGGCUACACUGUCUUCCGGGUCAACAUGACGGACGAGCUUCCCGCCACGGCCAUCAAAACGCCACUCAUCGGCGUGUUCUUUGCAGUCUGCAUGGCGCUCCUGGUGCUCAGCCUGGCUAAAUCCAUCUUGGUGGUGAAGCUCCUGCACCACAACGAGAAGGAAAUGAAGGAGAUGUCAGUGUCCGCCUGCCUGCUGGACAAGUACGGAUCUUCCAGUCAGAGCUUUAAUGAGAGCUCCUUCACCUCUGUGAAAACCUUGGAUGAGGUGGAUCAAUGUGAAGGUUUCGACUUUGACUUCCAUCUGGAGGAGGACCUCCUGUCACUGUGUGAACCCCAAGACAUGGUCCUGCAGCUGGAAAAGAUCCUGCAGGAGGUCAUCUCCCUCAAGUACUACCUGCACCAGAUGGAGAGUGAUGGUGCUACAGAGAUGGACUGGUUGGCGCUCUGCUCUAAGGUGGACAGGUUCCUCUUCCACCUGUAUCUCCUCAUCCUGGCCGUGUACUCCAGCACCAUCCUGCUUCUGUGGAUUGGCUGGAGCUCAGUGUGAAGUGGCCAGUGUGGAUUUCGCGACCUUGACUAACAUGGCAGAUACUAUGGGUAAACAACAGGCUCCAGUAGCUAAUGCAGACUGACCCAAAGUUACAAUAAGAUGCCUUCAAGUGUCUUACCAUGGAAUUAAAAUGUACUUAUGGUAAUGAAAUGGAGUUUGGGGCCAGACUUUUAUAGGGCAUUUUAUGGAUCAGACCUGUAGUGAUACACCAUAA